UUCAUUCAUUCAUUGUUCGCAGCAACAAUAUCCCAAGAUGGCUGCACUUUGCGUGAAACAAAAUCUUCUAACACUUGUUGCAGUCGCAUUAAUCUUAGCAGGAUAUGUGAAGGCUCAAAGUUGUGGAUGUGCUGCAAACGAAUGCUGUAGCCAAUACGGGUACUGUGGCACCACCAGUGAAUUCUGCGGCCAGGGGUGCAAAGAAGGCCCUUGUACUACUACACCGUCAAGUGGUGUUUCCGUGGGUGAUAUUGUGACGGAUGAUUUCUUUAACGGGAUACUUAAUCAGGCCAGUGGAUCAGAUUGUGCAGGGAAGAGCUUCUACACCAGGGCUGCAUUCCUUGAUGCUCUUAAUUCCUACACUCAGUUUGGCACAACUGGGACAGCUGAUGAUUCUAAGCGCGAGAUUGCAGCUUUCUUCGCCCAUGUCACCCAUGAGACUGGAUCUCUCUGCCACAUAGAAGAGACAGAUGGUGCUUCCAAGGACUACUGUGACGAGAGUAACACACAGUAUCCAUGCAACCCAGACAAAAAUUACUUUGGUCGUGGACCACUUCAGCUAACCUGGAAUUACAACUAUGGAGCAGCCGGAAAUAGCAUUGGGUUCGACGGAUUAAACGCUCCUGAAACAGUGGCCACAGAUGUCGUUGUUUCAUUUAAGACAGCCUUGUGGUUUUGGAUGAACAAUGUUCACUCGGUUCUAAGCCAAGGAUUUGGGGCAACAAUUCGGGCGAUUAAUGGUGCAGUUGAAUGUGAUGGUAAAGAGCCUGAUCUUGUCCAAGCUCGUAUCAACUAUUACAAUCAAUACUGUAGCCAAUUGGGUGUUGCUCCCGGUGAUAAUCUCACAUUCGUUUUGUAUGUGUUUUCCGGUUCUUGUUUUACCUUGCCAAGAAACAUUGUGGCUUCAGGGUGUGGUUGCGGCAUAGAUCAAUGUUGCAAUCAAAGGGGUCAAUGUGGCACUAGCUAUGACUUUUGUGGCGUGGGCUGCCAAGAUGGCCCUUGUUACGGCCCCCUUCAGACCAAUGAUGUUUUGGUGGCUGAUAUUGUGACAGCAGAAUUCUUCAAUGGGAUACUUGAUAAGGCCGAUGCAAGUUGUCCUGGAAAGAAAUUUUACACACGAGCAGCGUUUAUUGAAGCUCUCAAUUCAUUUAAUGAUUUUGGAAGGAUUGGUUCGAUUGAUGACUCUAAGCGUGAGAUUGCAGCCUUCUUUGGACAUGUUACACAUGAAAUUGGACAUUUUUGCUAUAUAGAGGAGAUACAUGGUCACUCCAAGAAGUACUGUAGCAAGGCAUACACAAAAUACUAUCCCUGCAAUCCCAACAAAGGUUAUUAUGGCCGUGGACCAAUUCAGUUGACAUGGAAUUUCAAUUAUGAAUCGGCGGGAAAGAGCAUUGGGUUUGACGGAUUAAACUCUCCUGAAACUGUUGCAAAUGACCCUGUUAUUUCAUUCAAGACAGCCUUGUGGUAUUGGAUGAAGAAGGUUCACCCAAUCAUUCACCAAGGAUUCGGAGCAACAAUUCAAGCAAUUAAUUAUUUUGAAUGUCAUGGUGCAUACCUUGCAAUAGUAAAAGGACGUGUUGCUCAUUACACUGAAUAUUGUCACCAACUUGGUGUUGCUCCCGGCAACAAUCUCACUUGCUAG